UAUUUUUUGAUAUAAAACCUAUGUAAAUUUAUUAAUAUUUCACUGUGCAAUUUCAUGUUAAUUUUUAGUUUUUCUUGAGUAACCUAAGAUCAUAACUGUCAUAAUCUCAACUUAUUAAUGUUAAAUUUAUUUUACUAUGAAUUUUUAUCUAAAUAAAAAGAUAUCUAAUUAGCUUAUUAUACUACUAGUUUAAAGAUUGAUAAUUAAAAUGUUUCGAUCAAAAAAAAUAGUAAAGCCUGAAAAUUUACAUUCAUUAGAAUAUUUGAAAUAUAUUCAUACCAUACUCAGUAAAAAUCAGAAUGUAACUGAUGCAAAUCGUACUUUAUUAGUUGAAUCAUUUAGAAGUAUGGCUGAAAUUUUAAUAUGGGGUGAUCAAAACAACCCGUUGAUAUUUGAUUUUUUUUUAGAAAACAAUAUGUUUAAUUAUUUUUUACUUAUUAUGGGUCAAAAAUGUGGUAAUUAUGUUUGUGUACAACUUCUUCAAACAUUAAAUAUUAUAUUUGAAAAUAUAAAAAAUAAAACGGCAUUAUAUUACUUGCUAAGCAAUAAUCAUGUCAAUAGCAUUAUUAUUUAUAAGUUAGAUUUUUCAGAUGAAGAUGUUUUAGCAUAUUACAUAUCAUUCUUAAAAACACUGUCUUUUAAACUCAAUUUAAAUACUAUUCAUUUUUUUUACAAUGAAGCUACAAAUGACUUUCCUUUAUAUACUGAAGCAAUAAAGUUUUUUAAUCAUCCAGAUUCUAUGGUACGGACUUAUGUUCGUACUUUGACAUUAAAUGUUUAUAAAGUUGAAGAUGAAAGUAUGUUGCGUUUUAUUAGAGAUAAAACAUGUGCACCAUAUUUUGGAAAUUUAGUGUGGUUUAUGGGAAAACACGUAUUAGAAUUAGAUGCUAGUGCAAGAGCUAAACCUGUUGAUGUAGACACUCAAAAAACUAUUCAAGACCAAUAUAGAGUAAAACUUGCUGAUCUUGUUAGCUCACAUUUGGAUGAUUUGCAUUAUUUAAAUGAUAUUUUGAGCCUUAAAGUGGACAUACUCAAUGAAGUUCUUGUGGAACAUUUGAUGGAUAAGCUUUUCAUACCUUAUUAUAUCCAUUCAUUAGCUCCGCCUGACAAAUACAUUAUUGUGGAAACUGAAGAAUUUGUUGAUGCAGUUAAACAGCAACCUUUAAUGAACGGUGAUAUUUGUUUGUUUCUUUUGACUCAAGUAUUUCUAAUAAUUCAUCAAGAGAAAUUAGUAGGGCCAUUAGCAAAGUUUUUGUUGGACAGCAGUUCCCAUUUAAUGUGUCAAGUUGUUCAUGAACCAAAAAUAAAGGAUCAAAUAUCAAUUAAAUUACCUGAAAAUGAUCAAGGAUCAGAACAGAAAUUAGAAAAUAAUUCUUUGGAAUCUGAUGUUUUAGAGUUUAAGUCAUUUGCUUACAUGAAUAUAACAGAUGAAGAAAAAGAAAUACUUAUGUCUAAAAAUGAAGGUUUAAGCCCCUCACGUAGUAAAUGUAUAGAAUCCAUUUACAAUCAACUUGAAGUUGAAAAAUCGGAUAGCUCUGCAUUAUUUGGCAUUUGUCUUUUAUACGCAUUAUCACAAAAUUGUGGUGUUGCAAAACAGUUUUUUGAAGGCUUUUUGACACCUGUUGAUAUUGAUGAAACCUCUAGUUUAUUUGUUCAUGGUGAUGAAAGAGAAAAGCUUAUUGAUAAAUUAGUUAAUAUAAUUGCAGUAUCAUCUGAUUCCAAAUGCAGUGUUCGAUCAGUAACUUUAGAAAUGGCUAUUGAAUUACUAAAAAAAUUAACAAUUAAUGAAAACAAAUUUUGUAUAUCAGAUAAACAUGUUGCAAUCAUUUAUAAUGCAAAAGAAAAAAUUUUACCUAUUCUUCGUCAGUUUUUUAAAAAAGAAGAAAUGUUUUUGGAAUUAUUUGAAGAUGAGUAUAAUGAAAUGUUUAGAGAAAAAUUAGAUGUUCAACGAUUAAUGAGCGAUUCAACAUUAUUACUACCUCCAGCUCUCUCACCUAUGACAGGAAUUCCUCUUUCUAAACGGUUACCAUGUGGUGAUGUUGAAAAAACUAGACAUUUUAUUUGUGCAUUUCUUCUUAUAAGAAAGCUUCUUAUGAUAUAUGAAGAACAAGAAGAAACUCAACUGCCACUAGUGGAUAGAAAAAAAUGUUUUGCUUUUGAUACUCCAAUUAAUUUAAAUGGUAAUGAUUUAAUUACAUGUAUGAUAGUCUCAGAAAAUGGUGCCAAAACUAGGAGAUACCUUUCAAUAAUAAACAAUCAAUUAGUCCUUGUUGAACCACAUAGCCGUUUCUUAGGUUGGGGUGUUUGUAAACUUUCAUGUUAUCUUCAAGAUACUGAAGUUACUAAAAUUGAUAACGAAACUAAAACCCUUCACAUUACUAUGCAUGGAUCUAAAUAUAAAAUAACUCAAACAACAAAAUUAAUGUUUGAUGAUCAUAUUCGUUGCAAUGCUGCCAGACAAAAAUUAUUAAAUGGCCGUGUAAAAGCUAGACGAAAACAACUUGCUCAAAUAGCAAACUUACUGGAAAUGAGUAAUUGUGAAACAAGUUAUGCAACUGGAAAUCCUACCCAAAAACAAAAACAUGGGCACCAAUUAAGAAUUCAUUAUACUGAUGUAGCAGUGCAUACAUCUGGUGUUAUUCCAUCAUACUCUAUGUCAAUUGAAUCAACUGGCGAUGAGUAUAGUGCUGAUUCAAAUUGCAGCAGCAUUGCACACUCAAGAGAUUCAUCACCAAUUUCAAAAUUAUCCGAUGAUAAAGAUAAUUCUAGAAAGUCUUCACUGGUUGUUUCAUUACAGGAAAAAAAUGAACCUAAACGUAAAGGUAGAAUAGAAACUGUAUAAUAUUUAAAUAAUUAGCUACAGUAAUAAGAAUAUACAAAUAUUUCCUGGAUUUAUAGUAUAAAUUUCAAUUUUUAUAUCAUAUUAUGUGUUUAUAUUUAAUAGAUAACUAACAACAUGUUAAAUUAUCUGUUAUUUCAAGUUAACAAAUGAAAGCCAAAAAUGAAGAUUAAUAUUUUUUAUAUAAUAAUCCAGGAAGUUUUACUGUCUAGAUUCCUAAGCAUGUCUUGUGAUAUUUAGUUUUAACUUUGUUAACUAAUGAUAAAAUCUGUAUUACCUUUUUGUUAACUUAAAUUAUACAGUUUUUUUUUAAGUAAUUAUUUAUUUAUAUUGUUUGUUUUAUUGUAUAUAAAUAUAA